AUGACGGCCGUUCAGGAUCUGUCCGAUCUCCCCAGCUACCUGAAACACCUGUCUGACGGUUUGGAAAUUUACUGGAAAGGAGAACUAACUGAGCUUAAAGCUGAAAUAUCCUCAAUCACCAAGGUGAUAAUAUUUUCAUCAGUCUUGUCCUGUCUGAUUAUUCUUGUUGCCAGGCAAAUAGAGGUAUAUUAUGUCUCUGCUCUCCUUUUGCCUCUCCCUCUCCCCUCCCUCCCACCUCUCCCAGGCCUGAACCAGGUGUGCACCAUUCAGGUUAGCUCCCCAACUACACUGAGUGCAGCUCAAGGGGAUGCGGUCACCCUGAAGUGCACGUUCUGGUCCCGCACCAGUGCCACCAGCAUGCUGUCUGUGGACUGGUCCUUCCGUCCCCAGAUUGGAGGCCCCGCACACACUUUCUUCCACUUCUUUUCUGUGGAGUACCCUCCCAAAGAGGGACCCUUUCGGGGGCGCGUGAAGUGGCAGGGGAACCCCAGGUGGGGGGUUGCCUCCAUCCUGCUGCUCAAUGCGUCCCUCAGUGACAAUGGCACCUACACCUGCACCGUCAGGAACCCCCCUGACGUACAUGGGGCCCCCGCUCACAUCCAGCUGACUGUCACACCCAGAGGGCAGCCUCUUCGCUUCACGGAUGUGGCCGUCCUGCUGGCUCUGGUCCUGCUGCCAUCUGUCAUCAUUGCGUUGCUCCUGCUGGGACGGGUGCACUGCUUGGGACGCUGCUGCCGUUCUCCACGGCGGGACGAACCCCCGGCACAGGGGCUCCACUCCACAGACAGGGAAAGGCCUCUUUAUGAGAAGCCCACUACGAAACAGCAGGUCGAUAUGUGCUGUAAGAUGGAUCUUCAGGAUCCUGAGUUUGGUGAAUACUACAUCCACAAUAAGAGGCUGCAGGCUGAGACUAUGGAUGAGGCUGUGGCUGAGUCUCAAUGUUAGUGCCCUCUGAUGGUUGGAAAGUGGCAGUGCAAUGCUGAGUGGGCUGCUCCCUCGUCUGGGGAGGACUCUGGCAAGGAGCUCUCAGACCGAGUCUGCUGCAGAGACAGUGGUGGGUAAUCAAGUUCUAUGACCCCGAGAUCAGUCGUGCUCAGUGUAAACUGAGUGCUUAUGGCUACACUGAGACUGCUGUAACUUUCAAGAGUAGAGACCCUACUACUGCACCUGCAGAGGGUGGACUGAAGAAUUGAUCAGCACUCAGAGUAUUAGAAUUUCCUCAGGGAGAAGUAUGCUCAAACAAGUGCAGAUGCACACAACACACAAAGGCCUGAACAAUCACACCCUCGUGGUUCUGGCUUUCUCACACUUUGAAAAUACUCGUUGGGUAUUAAAGAAAAAAAACAGAUUUUGAAGCCAGUUUAACUCCUUCCUUCUACACUUUAGAUGUUAACAUGUGGCACUGGUGUUUUCUAAAUUGCUUUUCAGCACUAUUUUUUUAUA